CGUCCCAAGCGCGCAGUUGUCGAAGCUGUUGCCGUUUCGUUUUACGUCAGACUCACGGGUUCACGUAGCUGAGAUAGCAAGUAAUGAAAACUGAUCGGUAUCGCGCAUAAAUUUGCAAACCGGGCGUUGUGGGGAUCUGAGGGAGGAAACAAAUAGUCUCGAAUUUUAUCGUUUCAUGACAGACGCUCGUUGUACUUCGAAAGUGUCAUCGCGCAUUUUCUCGUUAUAUCUUUACUUGGGACACGUCGUCUAGGAUGCACUGGACGGACAUAAUUUUCUACAAAAUCUUGACGUAAAUUGGACAGUCCUCUUUAUGAGAAAUCGCAUUGUUAGUCGUUUUGGGCAACGCGAGCAGUGUUUUAACGCAGAUCCUUGCUAGAUUGAGGAAGAACGAAAAGAGUGUUUUGGGAUAGUUGCUAGUGACUGGGGAGACUUUGUUGGUGAAACGAUAGAAUGCGAAUGCGAAUCUUAUACUCGUGACAUCGGAUUUCUUAUUCGGAUAUCGGUGAUGCAGCUACAUGUUGGAAGUAGCAAGGGGAUGACCGUUAAUUUUCUGCCGAGGAUGGUGGCGAUUUUUGUUUUCGCUUGCCUUCUACUGCAGAAUGGUCGGCUAACAUCCGCAGCAUUUACUACUGCUGCCACCAUCCCUGAUCCCGAAUUCGUCGAUGAAAUAGGAAAUAUUACAGUACCAGCAGGACGAAACGUUAAAUUAGCAUGCAGUGUAAAGGAUCUUGGAUCAUUUAAGGUGGCCUGGAUGCUUUUCGACAAGAGCGCUAUUCUGACGGUACAGAAUCACGUUAUUACCAGGAACCCCAGAAUAUCCGUGUCGCACGAUAAGCACAGGACCUGGUUCCUACAUAUCAACGAUGUGCACGAGGAGGACAAGGGAAAGUACAUGUGCCAGAUUAACACUGCCGCCGCCAAAACGCAAUAUGGCUAUCUACACGUUGUAGUGCCACCGAACAUUGACGAUUCGCAAAGUUCGUCAGACGCGAUUGUUCGCGAGGGCGCCAACGUGAGUCUCACCUGCAAAGCGACCGGAAGUCCAACGCCUAACAUUCGUUGGAAAAGAGAUGACGGUUCGAAGAUCUCGAUCAACAAAACUUUGUCCGUGGCAGAAUGGGAAGGCGAGACAUUAGAGAUGUCGCGGAUCUCGAGAUUAGACAUGGGUGCAUAUUUAUGCAUCGCCAGCAAUGGCAUACCACCGACAGUCAGCAAGCAGAUUAAAGUAUCGGUCGAUUUCCCCCCUAUGCUUUGGAUACCGCACCAAUUGGUCGGCGCACCCUUGGGUUACUCCGUUACGCUGGAAUGCUAUACCGAAGCUCAUCCGACUUCUUUGAAUUACUGGGCGAGGGAGGACGGCCUAAUGAUUCACGAGAGCAGUAAAUACAAGGCUACGUCGUCACCCGAUCGACCUUCCUACAAAACGCACAUGACGCUCACAAUAUUCGACAUACAGGCAGAAGACUUUGGUAGUUACAAGUGCAUCGCCAAGAAUCCACGUGGAGAAACCGACGGAACGAUUCGCCUGUAUAAGUCCGCGCCGCCAAGCACCAGUCCCAGUCCAUCUACCACGGAGAUCUCCAAGAAAGAUUGGGAUUUCAUGGAUACGAAUAACUCUGUUUACGGAAAUCCAAGUUCGCUGACAAUUCAUAAUGAGAAGAAUUCCAAGUCAGGUAACAAGGUCGCAUCAAACCAGCUCGAAAACAUCGGAAAAUCGGAGCACAAGUCGAAACCGGAUAGAAAUCCCAACUGGCCUCCUGAUAAAGUGGUGACAAAUUAUCCGUAUUAUUCCGUAAUACAGAGUAAGAAGCAAAAUUGAACGUGACCAAAAAAUUUUAUUACAUAAUGAUAUAAUAUUUUACCAAAAUUAUUUUCUUGCAUGAUAAUAUUUUAUUUGUUACUUAAAAAUUAACAUUUAUUAACAAUAUUAAUAUAAAUCAGGAGUAACUAACACUUUAGACGGACUAAACCCCGAUGUAAACAUGUAUCUUUAGCGAUUAAAGUUAGUAGCAUAAAGACAAAUAGAUAUGCGAUCUCUCAUGUAUCUGCGAGUAAAUCCUACUUGUGAAAGAACAAUAUAAUCAAAAUAUAUGAACAAUGCAUAUAUCGAAGGAAGAGUGUCUUU